UGUUCAUCUUAUAUUUAUUUUAAUAAAGGUAACUAGAAAAGCUAUAAGUAGUAUUUACUGAACUUAAAUAUGAAUCGCCAUCCAACUACGGACUAUAAAAAUCGUAGCGAGCCUCAAGUAGAAUUGGAAAGUCAAUUUAUUUUGCGUUUACCACCGGAACCAGCAAGAGUUUUACGAGAAACAUUACGCAAUGGAUUAUCUUUAAAAGAUAGAUUAAGUAUAAAAUUGGAAAAUGAUAUGCGUUAUGGUGAGGUUAGAUUUGAUCAUUGGCUUCUUCAUGGAAAAAUUGUUGAUUUACCAACAAUUGUAGAAUCUUUGAAAACUAUUGAUAACAAAAGUUUCUAUAAAACUGCUGAUAUAUGUCAGAUGUUAAUUUGUAAAGAAGAAGAUGAUCAUACUACUACAGAUGAAGAAUCUCCAGUUACAAAAAAAAAAGAUCCCAAUAAAGUAGAUAAAAAGUUUUUAUGGCCACAUGGUAUAACUCCUCCUACUAAAAAUGUUAGACGUAGGAGAUUUAGAAAAACCUUAAAGAAGAAAUAUGUAGAAGCUCCAGAAAUUGAGAAAGAAGUAAAACGUUUAUUAAGAGUGGAUAAUGAUGCAGUUAAUGUUAAGUGGGAAGUAAUAUGUGAAGAUGAAGAUCAAUCAAAACCAAGCAAAGUCUCAUCAUCUGGUACAGUGAAAACUAAAAGAGAAAGUAUUAGUGGUAAUACUUCUCAAAGUCUUGAUGUUGCGGAACAUGAUAUAUUUGGUGAACCUGUAAGCGAUAGUGAAGAAGAUGAUGAAGAAGGAAAUAUAAAUGUAAUGGAACUAGAUGAGAACAGUCGCCUUUCUGCAGAUAGUAGAGUAUCAGACUCCAAUUCAAUGCAAGCUACAUAUUCUGAAAGGUCUAACAAUAAUACAGCAACAAGUAGUAAUCUUGUUACAGAAUUCAGUAAAGAAAUGUUUCAAAAUGAUAAUAAUAUAGAAACAGAAAUAGAAAAAUCAGAAGAUACAUCUCCAUCAAAAAUAGCUAAAGUUGAACAAUUUCAUUCAGAAUAUAUUAUUUCAGAAAAUUUUACAGAAUCUCCUUCUGCACCAGUAACAAAAGAUUCAUUACAAACACGUCUCGCAACUUUGCAUGCGGAAUUAGCUGAAUUACGUCAAAGAAGACAACAACAAGAACUUGAAAUAGCCAAUAUAGAAAAUGUUAAGUUAAGACAAAGAUUUCAAGAAAUAUUAGAUAAUUUACUAACUCAAGAAAUGCAAAAAGUACAAGAGAUUCAAGAUUUAGAGUUAGGAUAGUGUUGAUAUACCAUGAAGUUCUUGCCAAUGCAAUUCUUUCUAAUCAAAUUUAUGUAUUGUAUUUUUCUUAUUUUUAAUCUUUUUGUAUAAUAUAAUAUAUUUUAUUAUUUAAAUAUGAUAUUGUAUACUAUUCCUUAUUAUACAUAUUUUUAACAUGUAUGUAUAUAAAAUGUAUAUAAAAUAUACAAAACAUUAAAUAAAAUAUAAAUUUUUUUCACAAUUAA